AUGCUCAGCCGGCCGACACCCGUACCGUCCGACUUAGCAAAGCGCCGCUCCCUCGAGGGGGAAAUAAACGCCCUCCUCCUCAAGGGGGCGGUGCGUAUCAUCCCCUGUUCUGGGACUCAGACGGGCUUCAUGUCAACCUUCUUGACUCCCAAGAAGGAGGCUGGCGUGUGGCGCCCGAUUUUGAACUUGAAACCCCUCAACAAGUUCAUCCGUCCGAAGCGUUUCCGUAUGGAGACGCACACGACUAUACUGAGUUCUAUAGUGACGCCCGCAUGGGCGGCGAGUCUCGACCUGAAGGACGCGUACCUACACGUCCCAGUCAGGCCAGAGCACCACAAAUUCCUACAUUUCCUAUACAACGAUACCCUGUACGAAUUUGUGGUGCUCCCAUUCGGACUCUCCACCGCACCUCGGGUGUUCACCCGGAUUGUAAAGACAAUCGGGGCGGCACUGCGUAGGCGGGGCAUCAUGAUAUUUGUAUAUCUGGACGACUGGUUGGUCGUGGGCCGUUCUCGGGAGGAGAUGGAGGCAGCGCUCCAAUAUACCUGGCGCCUGACCUCCAACCUCCGAUUUAUAAUCAAUACCGAGAAAUCCCACCUUAUCCCCUCGCAGGUUCCCACCUUUCUCGGUGCGUCCCUCGACCUGCGCAGGGGAUUGGCCCGCCCUUCGGAGGAACACCUACUGAACCUUCGGCAGUGCGUUUCUCUCUUCCUCUCGGCAGUGGUAGCCCCAGCACUGGCCUGGCUCAGGCUGUUGGGCCUUAUGGCCAGCAUGGUGGAUUUGGUGGACUUCUGCAGGUUGAGGAUGAGGCCCAUUCAACUUCACCUGCUCUCCUUUUGCAGGCCCAUCCGUCACCAAAUCCACCACCUGGUGCCGACCACGCCCUGGCUAGUCCCCCACUUUCGCUGGUGGCUAGCCGAUGCGAACAUCUCGCAGGGCCGGGCUUUUCGUCCGCCCCCACCGUCGGUGACCGUCACAACCGACGCGUCACUCCUCGGCUGGGGGGCAACCCUUCACCCGCGUCAAAUCGCAGGCGUGUGGGGUUCCGAACACCUAUCGGCCCACAUCAACGUCCUGGAAAUUUUGGCAGUCUCCAACGCACUAUGGCAUUUCCAGUCGGACGUCAGGGGCCGUGCAGUGCUGGUGAGAUGCGACAACGCCACAGUCGUGGCCUACAUCAAUCACCAGGGGGGCACCCGGUCAGGACGCCUGUGUGCACUGGCCUGGGAUGUCAUCCACUGUUUCACACAGCAGGGAACGGCACUAUCAGCAGUCCACAUUCCGGGCGUAGAGAACGUCACAGCCGACGCUCUCUCAAGGGGCUGGAUUGCCCCCACGGAGUGGUCCCUUCUCCCACAGGUGGCUCGGUCGCUCUUCCACUUGAUCGACCAGCCACACGUGGACCUGUUCGCCUCCCAUGCGAACCACCAGUUGCCGUUCUACUGCGCAAGGGGCCCAGACCCCAACGUGUGGAAGAUCGACGCUCUAUCAGUACAAUGGGACUAUGCGUUCCCACCCAUCUCGCUCGUCUCUCGGGUUCUGACCAAGAUCGAGCAGGAGGAUUGCCGGGUCCUUCUCACAGCCCCGUUCUUGCCCCGCCAACCAUGGUUCCCACGACUCGUCAGGUUACUGGUCCACCGUCCGGUGAUCCUACCAGGGCAAGCAGAUCUCCUGUACCAGCCCAGUUCGAGGAUGGUCCAUUCGGCUUUGGGGGGAUCUUCACCUGACGACGGGCCUCCACCAGGAAGGUAUACAACAGCCGACUAUGCCAUUUCUCUAAAUAGUGGCCUCCCUACGAGCCUAUGGAUUGAGCUGCACGCCCUGUCGGUAGAGACCGGACAUAUCCGAUGGGAACCAGGCGGCGUCCGCCUGGUCCCCACGACCGGCUUUUUAACCAAGAACCAGUCAAGUUCCUUCACGCCCCCGGACAUUUUUGUCCCGGACAUUAAGUCCUUUUCAUCAGAGGCGAAGGACAAACUGUGGUGCCCCGUCCGGGCACUAAAGUGGUACUUGAAUCGUACGAAGUCGCUUCGUACGGACCAUCAGAAGCUGUUCGUGACGACAACACCGCCCUUUCGGCUGGCGUCACAGUGCACCAUCUCACGCUGGAUCGUGACCGCCAUCUGCUACGUGCCGGGCGGUUGGCCGGCGACCGAGAAUGCGAUUCGGGCGCAUGAUGUUAGGGGGGUAGCCGCCUGCUGGAAGUGUCCUAACACCUUCAGCGAGCUCUACCUGAAGGAUGUCCUUAAGGCAGACGGCAGAGCCGGGAGAGAAGUGCUGAAGACGGCCAGUUAA